CCCCGUGUGGAGCGGCGCGGAGGCGGCGGCGGCAGUCCUGUGACUCAUGCCUGCGUCGAAGCACAUCAACCGGCGAUUCACGCUUUUAAAAAAGCAAAUCCGAGCACUUCUGGAAAAAAAGGUCAUCUCGCAUUAAAUUCCGCUGCGCGAUUGGUAUUCCGACGUCGUUUCUGGCAGAGUUUAUAAGCGGCAGGUCGCUCCCAGGCGAGAGUCGCCCUGCUAACCUGGACUACGGCAAUAACAGCUCGCCCCCUCGCAAAUUCCUUGCUGCCCACCCCUCAGAGAAAUAUCGAGGAAAUACGAACUCCGAGGACUGGGACUUUUCUGAAGGGAUGGCUUCCUCCGCUCCCUCGUCCUCCAACGAUGCUCCGGACCCCACCCCACCUAAUUUGCGACCUACAACUUACGACUCGUGGUGCGGCGUGGCUCACGGGUGCACCAGGAAGAUCGGGCUGAAGAUAUGCGGGUUCCUGCAACGGACCAACAGCCUGGAAGACAAGGGCCGGAUCGUCAGUUCUCUGAAGGAAAGGCAGUCCUCCAAGGGCUUGCUGGCAUGCGAGAACAGUGAGAAAGGAUCCAGGUUCCGGCGCACCGAGACAGACUUUUCCAAUCUGUAUGCCAGAGAUCUGCUGCCCUCCAAGAAUGGUGAGGAGCAGACCAUGCAGUUCCUGUUGGAGGUUGUGGACAUCCUCCUCAAUUACGUGAGGAAGACGUUUGACAGAUCCACCAAAGUGCUGGACUUCCACCACCCACACCAGCUCCUGGAGGGCAUGGAGGGCUUCAACCUGGAGCUGUCGGACAACCCUGAGUCCCUGGAGCAGAUUCUGGUGGAUUGUCGGGACACACUGAAAUACGGAGUGAGGACAGGUCAUCCUCGCUUUUUCAAUCAGCUGUCCACAGGACUGGACAUUAUUGGCUUGGCUGGGGAGUGGCUGACAUCUACUGCUAAUACAAACAUGUUUACCUAUGAAAUUGCCCCUGUUUUUGUCCUCAUGGAACAAAUAACACUUCGAAAGAUGAGGGAGAUCAUUGGAUGGUCAAAUAAAGAUGGUGAUGGGAUAUUCUCACCUGGAGGAGCAAUCUCCAACAUGUACAGCAUAAUGGCUGCACGCUACAAAUAUUUUCCUGAAGUUAAAACCAAAGGCAUGGCUGCAGUCCCUAAACUGGUUCUCUUUACCUCAGAGCAUAGUCAUUACUCAAUAAAGAAAGCUGGAGCUGCACUUGGAUUUGGAACAGACAAUGUUAUUUUGAUAAAAUGCAAUGAAAGAGGAAAAAUAAUACCAGCUGAUUUGGAGGCAAAAAUUCUGGAAGCAAAAGAAAAGGGAUAUGUUCCUCUUUUUGUGAAUGCAACUGCAGGCACAACAGUAUAUGGAGCCUUUGAUCCAAUACAGGAGAUUGCAGAUAUUUGUGAAAAAUACAACCUCUGGCUCCAUGUAGAUGCUGCCUGGGGAGGUGGACUCCUAAUGUCCCGAAAGCACCGUCAUAAACUGAAUGGAAUAGAAAGAGCCAACUCAGUCACUUGGAAUCCACACAAGAUGAUGGGAGUGUUGUUACAAUGUUCUGCAAUUCUUGUCCGGGAGAAGGGUAUCCUUCAAGGCUGCAAUCAAAUGUGUGCAGGCUAUCUCUUCCAGCCAGACAAACAGUAUGAUGUUUCCUAUGACACUGGAGAUAAGGCAAUACAGUGUGGUCGACAUGUGGACAUUUUCAAAUUCUGGUUGAUGUGGAAAGCAAAGGGUACAGUAGGAUUUGAAAAUCAAAUCAAUAAAUGCCUGGAACUGGCAGAGUAUCUCUACACUAAAAUAAAAAACAGAGAAGAAUUUGAAAUGGUUUUUGAAGGGGAGCCAGAGCAUACAAAUGUAUGUUUUUGGUAUAUUCCUCCAAGUCUCAGGGGCAUGCCAGACUCUGAUGAGAGAAGAGAAAAGUUACACAGGGUGGCACCGAAAAUCAAGGCACUGAUGAUGGAGUCAGGUACCACCAUGGUUGGAUAUCAGCCUCAGGGCGAAAAAGUCAACUUUUUCCGAAUGGUUAUCUCAAACCCAGCAGCAACUAAGUCUGACAUUGACUUCCUCAUUGAGGAAAUUGAGAGAUUGGGACAGGAGCUGUAGUGCUUGAAUUAUUUAUUUCUCUAAUUCACUGUUUUUCAGCACUGGCUAUUUUUUUUAGCCCAGUUCUGCAGAACAUGUUUUAAGGAAAUUCUCUUUCUGUAAGUUCCAAUCUCCUAAGACAUCCUUAAACAAAACAACUAUAGGCUACUGAAAUAUAUAUGUAUUGGUAGAUCAUAUUAUUGAGGGAAAAUGUAUUAUCUUGAAGUUGAAGUACUAUUGACUCUUACAUUGGUCUUAUUUAUUGUAGGCAGCAGAAAAUUAGCAAGUAUUAAAAUAGCAAAUUAAGAACUCUGCACAGUAUAUAUGUACAGUAUAAAUAAAUAUAUAUAUAUAAUUAUAUAUAUACAUACUAUAUAUAUAUAAAGUGGUUAUAAACUUAGAUCUAAGCCACAGCAUGUUUUCCACUUUAAGAAAAUUAAGUUUUCCUUCAACAACAUUGAUGUGGAUAAUGUGCUACAAGUUUUUCUGCCAGACAGAAAUAGACAUACAGAAACAUUUCUAAAAUGUAGAUUCUUAGGAGCUAAAGAAAAUGUAUAACAGUAUUAGAUCUUAUUGUUGGUGCUUUUCUCACAGACAAAACAGCAAUCUCUAAGAGCACCUUUGAGUAAAAUAGUCGUACUUGCCCUUUAGUGUCAAAUCAGGGGAUGACAGUAGCAGUCAUUGUAACAGGUAUAUUAUUGCUGUAUUUUUAGAGGUUAAUUUGUGUAGAUUGUGUAUAUUAUUGUUAAAUGACUUUGUGUAAAAGGAUUUAAAUGUAAUAGUUUUACAGCAAGAUAACUGUUUAAUUGUAGGUAUCCAAAAUAUUUGCUUAUUUAUAUGCAGAGAUUUACCAUGCUGAAGAGUUGUCUUGUAUUUUCUUCCGUUUGUAAUGUAACCUAUUUAUAUAUUAUUGAAGUUCUAAAUAAUGUUUAUGGUAUUUUAGUGUCUUUGUGAGCCAAAGAAAAAAUACAAAAAUAUUAGUUGACACUUUCUUUUAAAUCCUAGUGCCCUUAAAGUAAUAACUUACAGAUAAUUUUAUUGAAGAUAAGGAAUCCUGACAUUGUGUAUAGAUUAUCAAAUUAUGGGAUCCCUUUAAUCUAUUAGAAUUAUUAGAAAUUUCAGUUCUAUUUAUUGUAAUGUCAGACUGUCUGUUCAGUGUUCUGAAUGCUUUUUCAGUGAAUAUUGAUUGCUAACCAAGGCCCCUGUUUUUGAAUUUUAUUUCAGGACUGACCUCUAUGACCAUUUUAACUAAAUUCUGUGGGAGUUUUAACCAACACCAUUCUUUUAGUGAAAUGGAAUUUACUAUCUAUUUGGAGCUUAUAAAAUAACUAAAAUCAGAAGUAAUCUCAGUAUCUUUUAAUACAGCUAGCUUGUCCCAAUAAUUUCAACUGGUUAGGCUUUUCAAAGUAUAGACACCAGAUUCAUCUGCAGCUUGAUCAAUUUUAAUCAUUAGGUAAUCAAUAUUACUGAGUGGAAAAGUCCAUACUGGAAACAGAGUAGUGGAACAAAAUGGAGAUUCAAUAAUCCUCUGUUCACUGAGUUAGUGUCAUGGUGAUAAAUGGAAUAUGCUAAUUCCAAGUGUUUUCAUAUGUGAUUCUUCGCAAGUCAGUAAUUAACUGCUUUUUCUCCCUCCCCUCCACCUCAGUAAUAAAACGGAAUUAUUGUAGAAACUUUCAGUGCAAUACAGUCAUGCUAUGCAGUUUUUUGCAGUCUCUCUGGCCCCUGUCAGUCCUGUGGAAGAACACAGGCAAGAGAGGUUUCCAUCCUGUGGGUCCCACUGGCUGUCUUUGGAGGAUGGUGUCUCACAUUUGUGGCUGUGUUAGCACAGGAAGAAGAAAGAAGCUGAUACAGUAAAUGUAUCCUACAGCACAGCCUGUCCAGCUUUUCAUAGGACUCUUGCUUAUUCCUCUUUCAUAACCUUCUGUAAAAUCUUUUAUUCAAAUCUAGUUGAAUCUAAAAAUUACUGUCAAUUUGUCACUGACCUUUAGAUGUAUGAUUUUCAAAACAGAUCUGAAUUGUUACUUCAUAUCAUUAAACCCCCUAGUAAUCUUACCAGUACAGUAUUUCUUUCAUUAGAUUUUUUCAAGACAUUGUAGUUGGUUUCUUGUCUUCUUGAUCUUAAGCCUCAAUCUUCCUCAAUUAUAAGCCUAUUGCAUUACUGUGUAUUCAAUACUUGACAUUUUCUGGUGUAAACAUCCAUGCUGUAUGACCUGGGGCCUGCAUACAGAUGUAGUUGGCAUGCACACUGACUUCAGUACUAACUUCCAUAAUAUUAAAUGCCAUUCUUUAUAGAUACCAGCUAUUCAUCAAAACUAGAGGACCUCUCAUUGAGAGCUGAUCUUAGAGUACAGAAAGAAGUUCAUUUUGAAGAAGCACGUGUCACAUUUUUAUUUCAGACUUCUGUCUGUAAUCUGGUCUCAGUUUUACUUUAUUCAAAGGGCAGCUACAGAAGACUGAAAAAAUUCUUUCAGUUCUUCUUGUUCAUGGGAGACAAUAUGAACUAGUAUAAUUAAUCCAAAGAGAUAUAACUGGUGACUUAGCUUCACUAGAGGAUUUUGUGUCUUCCACUCAAACAGCAUGGUUCUUAUGAUUUUCACCGGUUCUUAGAUGGGAGUUUCUGAUUUCCUCCACCUCCCUUGUCAAUAACAGUAUUACUAAAGCUCUAGCUUGCCUCUAAUCCUCUAAUUUUAAUAUUUUAACCUCAUGCACCCUGUAUCCAGAUCACCAUCUCAAUAUUCUAAUAAUAGUUUAAUUUAUCUGAGAUGUUAAUUCUCCUUGAUGCAUAUAAACUAGGUGAAGAGAAUCAUCUUCAUCCUAAUCAUGAAGCUGUAGGAAAGACCAUAAUACAGCUGACUGGCAUUCAUACAGCAAGCCCCUGACAGUUCUGUGAUGUAGUCAGACACAGAUCUAGAGCUCUUCAGUGCAUAUAUAAUGUUUUGCUAACUAAAAUUUCUGCUUCUUCAUUUCAUGGAGUAACUCGUGUUUUGAAGGUCAAAAGCAUGACAUUCUUCCUAUUGUCAUUGAUGGUUUGCAGCUAGGUGGGAAUAAGGGAGCUCCUCCUGCUUGUUUUGGAAGUGAGACAGUUAAUGCAUAGGUGUUGUCUCUAAAGACAGAGGGCUUAUCUUUCUACUCUCUGCAUUUAUCUUGCUUUUCUGCUGUGUUGUGUCUUGACACAGAUGACCACAAUUACACUUUUGCAAAGCUUUUCAUUCUAGUAUCAGAUUCUGGGGUGUUUUCCUAUUACAUAUACUGUGUUCAACAGGCACCAUGCUCAUAUUAAUUUCUGACUUGGAUAGCUGAUUUCAACAGAGCAGUUAUAGUCAUUAGUGAGAAAACUCAUCUGUUUUCUUAUUAGGUCAUUUCCAUCUGAGUAAUAUGCCACACUUCUCAGACUAAUGCUGACCUAGAAUUUUCCUUCUUUUUAAUCCAUAUGCUAUUGACUAUGAGAGAUUAAGAUGUAUGGAUAUUUCGAAGUAUUGACUAAUGUGAAGCAUUUUAAUUCCAGGUGAGCAACUUUGUUUUUCAGAGGUUUAAAAUAUACUCAGAAGUAGCAAUUUUGUCCCUAAAAUUACACAGACAAUCACUGUAACUUUGCAUGGGUGAAUUAAACAAUAGGCAAGAUCUUACCUAUACAGGUAGCUGCAGUGCUUAUCAACUGAUACAAUUUAUUUGGAAAAGACUGACCACUGGAUAAAAAUCAAGAGCAGCUGGUGAUUUUGAAUGAGAAAAAUUCUGAUUGUGUUAUUAAAAGUAAUUUAUAGAGAAGAUAGAUGAUAAUGAUACCAUUCAUGGUACACACACACACAGCUAGAAGCAGGGGCCUUGGGAAUAAUCCAGAAUUUUAAAAUCAUCAUGGAGUAAGCUCUUAAUCUGUUUUUUGAAUGGUGACAAAUAUGAAGAGAUUUUUUAAACAGAAUCUCUGUUUUGUGGUUUAAGAAAUGUUGAAGUUAUAAAGAAGUUAUGCAAUGCAGUUUUAAUUUUUCAAUAAAAGUUUAUCUUAAAAAUGA